AGUGACGUAGUCUAUGUCAUAAUAUUGGUAGCAUAGGUUAUCAUUUUGUUAUUCCGUGUUCGCGUCUCGUCGAAUGAACAUAGACGAUAUUUGUGCAAUGUGAAAUUGAAAGGAAAUGCGUUUGGUUCUGUUCUUGUUAUUCUUUGAGUGUUUGUGUGCUAUUUUGUGCUACGAUAUGAUUGUCGGUGACACUGUACACAAGAAAAUGGUAUUCCACCAGAGGAUAAAAGACUUUGCGAUACCUUUUAAGAAAAGAAUUAAAAGUUUGUCUUAUAAAGAUCCGGAGAAAAGAAUUAUAAAGGGUGUAGCAGCCAUAGACAACGACUUUUCUCACGCGAGUGCCAACGUCACAGACGGCGGAGUAGGCUACUCAUACGUCACCGUACGGAUGAAGAGUCAAAGGCAUCAUCCACUCAACUUUGAAGUGGAAAUAUAUGUAUAGUAAUAACUAAAAGCAUUUUAUUGUUAAUUACAUUAGAUACUACAAUUAUUUUUACAAGAAAAAAGUAGGUCAUCAAUUAAUUCAACCAAUUAAUUUAUCAUGAGCCUACACAUCAUAUAAUAUAUAAUGUAAAAAUAUUAUGUUACUAUAACCUACUUUAAAGCUAAUUUGUUUGCACCUGACACUACGAGAUCUAAAUAAAAUAUUAGAUAUCAAAUUCAAUUACCAACACAUCUUUAAACAAGCUAGAUUAUGUUACAACAGUUUGCGUGCAGUUAAUAAAUAUUCAUAAAUAAUAGGCAACACUAAGUAGAUUGGUAACCUUGAGACUAUUGUCUGUAGUAGUCGAAAUAUAAUUAACAAGUAGUCUGUGAAAACACAAAAAGAUUAAUGAAUAUAAAAUGUUAUACAGAAAGUUGCUAUUUUUUUUUAUUUAAAAUAAGAAUUUAGAAAUAUUAUUUUUAAUUCUUUUUACAACAAUGUUGAUAUUGUUUAAAUGUAAUUAUUAAAUCAUGAUAAUAUCAUAACUCUGACAAAAUAUAGGUAAUUGAAUUAAAACAUCAUUUAUAUUGUUUGUUAAUUACUGUGUCAUUAUUGACACCAUUCUGCCAUGUGUUUCAUCGAAGUUUAUUUUUAUUAUAUUAUUUUUAUAUAUUGCAAUAAAAGUUAUAAUCAUCUUCAUUAGUAUGCAAGUAGGUUCCUUGAAACAAGAUUGUUAUAUAAGUAUGUUUAUAAACAACUUUUAAAGUAUUGAACCAAAUCAUAAAACAAAAUGUGCCUUAAUUAUGUAAGUUAUAAUUUUGAAAUUCAUUUAUAUACAGUUAUAUGUAAAUACUUAAGUAAUAUAUAAGUCAAUUUAUUUGAACAUAGUUUGUCAUUUUUAUUAAAUUAUGUAUAUUAUAUAACUUUUUAUACAAAAUAUAUAUCAAUAUAAACACAAUUUAACGUUAAAUAUGUUAAUAGUAAAAUAUUUUUAAAAAAUUUAACUGUUCUAAUCUCAUAUAAAAUAUAUGAAUAUCGUUCUAAAAUAUUAUAAUUAUAUAAAAUAAUAUAAGUAAUUAAAUAAUGUACGAUUUAUGAAAUGAGUUUUUGUGUUCUAUGUUCUAAGUAACUAUAAAUCCUCCAAGACAGAAAACGAAAAAUGGAGGCAUAUUCCGUUAAUUAUAAUGCAACAAAUUAACAGAAAUAAAUGUGUAAAUAGUUAAUUUUUGUAACGAAAGACUUUUUUGUUAAUUAUUAUGUAAAUAUAUUAGAUAAACUGAAUCAUCCCAUUUGUUAUCUAAAUAAUGAUGAUAACUGAUUCCUUUUAAAAUAUGUGUAAAGUUUUAAAUUGCAGUAAAUAUUAAAAAUGUGUACGUAAUUCUAUUACUAAAAUUUCAUAUCUCUAUCUAACAUAUUGUAUAUUCAACUAUCCAUUUUAAUAUUUCCUGUCCAUUUUUCUAAACAUCACGACGAAAGAAUUUCCUCUGCAUUUUAAUUUCACGCCUGUCAGUCUCUGAAAACAAAGCCAUAUACUGAAACGGCGUAUUCAUGGAUCCUUUUAUCUCACAUUAAUUCAACUAUGUAUUAAUUCUAUUCCAUAUUAAAAAAAAAAUUGAAAA